GCAUUCCAUUUCCCAUUCCAAACCGCACUUCCUCCUCACAAAAAUCCAAACCCGUUUUCAUUUAUUAUUAUUAUUAUAUUAUUCUUUUUUUGUCCUAAAUGGCGCCUAGAGAGAAGGCGGCGGCUGUUAAGGGUAUUGGUAACGGCGGCGGGAAGGAGGUGCAUUUCAGGGGAGUGAGGAAGCGGCCGUGGGGACGUUACGCUGCCGAGAUCAGAGAUCCGGGGAAGAAGAGCCGUGUUUGGCUUGGUACCUUUGAUACCGCCGAGGAAGCUGCUCGUGCCUACGACAACGCUGCUCGCGAGUUUCGUGGCGCUAAGGCGAAAACCAACUUCUCCCUUGCCGGCGAAGACGUCAACAACAACGUUAAAUGUAAGAAUAUCAAUAGCAAUCAGAGUCCCAGCCAGAGUAGUACCGUCGAGUCGUCCAGCCGUGAGCCGACCCUGAUGAUUGAUUCCUCACCGUUGGAUCUCAACCUCGGCCAUGGCGGCGGCGGCGGAAACGGAUAUGGAUCUGCCGCCGCCGUUAGGUUUCCUUUCCAGAAGUUAUCUCCUGUUACCGGAUUUUUCGCCGGGACCAUGCCGGCGAUGGCGGCUCCCCCAGUUUUUUAUUGUGACGCCUUUGUUGGCGCCGGGGCUGUCAAGAGUCAGUAUCCGAGGAUGAGAAUCGAUCAUCCGGAUUUUCAUGUGGCGUUCAAUGGCGGAGCACAGAGCGACUCCGAUUCGUCCUCUGUCGUGGAUUUGAACCACCACGAGAUCAAGCCACGUGGACUCAACGGUCUGGAUCUGAACCUCCCCCCACCGGAAAUCGCCUGAUUUUUUUUUUCCCUGAUCGUAUUACUCAACGAUCGCGAUUUCAUUUCGCUUUUUUUCUAAAUUUAAUUUCCUUGUUUAUUUUAGUUUAAAAAAUAGGCUAAGAAAACAGGAAAAAAAAAAAAGAAAGAGAAAGAGAAAUUACGGUGAGAGCUGCGAGAUUCAUCGGAACAGAAAUCAACGGCGCUCGGGAUGUGAAUAGUAGCUGAUCAUCGCCCUUUUUUGCAACGGAGAAAUCGUUCCUCCUUUUCUCCGUUGUUUGGUAAUUAGUUGCUGUACUCUUUUUUGGAUCAAUGAAUUAACACCGAAAAAUUCCAUAUUUUCUUCGCGAUCUGUUGUGGAUAUGGUUGUCGCCGGAUCCGGCAGCAGGAAUUCCGGCGACGCCGUUGUACGUGG